AUGUCUACCAACGCAACGAAAAGAAAAUUCAACACUUUACUACAAGGCCUCGGAUCUUCAAACGCCAAAAAUAUCGACGACACUCCAACGCGUGACUCUGGCUCGACUGCCUCUCCCGACUCAACAGCUCGCGCAUCCGGUGCCGAUCUGGAGCUGCUCCAGAAACGCCGACGUCUUGGCUUCCCAGACUCGACUGCCCCUAAGCUGGGAAAGAGGGCCAACCUAUCAUCUACCAUAUCGUCUAUCAUCUCUCGACGUCCGCAAGGCCAAGACUCAUCUAAAAGCUCCAAUGCACCAGCCGCACGAUAUGCGCCAACCGAUCGGGGAGACCUGCUAAAGCGACUCGGCACUUUCCAAGAGAUAACAGACUGGACUCCAAAGCCGGAAAGAGUGAGCGAGGUGGAAUGGGCGAAGCGCGGAUGGGUAUGCCAUAGCAAGGAGACAGUUCGCUGCCUUCUCUGCCAUCGUGAAUUGGUAGUCAAGCUCAACCGCAAGGAUGUUGACGGCAAAGAGGUCUCUGUUCUCGUUGCAUCUGAAAUUGAAGAGGCCCUAGUCGACAAGUAUGCCGACCUGAUUGUAACUUCACACCAGGACGAAUGUCUUUGGCGCAAACGAGGCUGCGAUAAUUCGAUUUUGCGUCUGUCUUUGACGAACGCAAAAGUGACUAUCGCCGCUCUGCGUGAGCGUUACGAUGAGCUCUUGGCGAGAAAGGCGUUUUUGCCAUACGAAUUUAAUCUUCGGUUACCAGAUGACUUGGGCCUGGACAAUGUCCUGUUACAACUUCCCGUCGACUUCUUCACCAAACCACCUCCUGCAAAAGAGGCUGAGGCUCAACCACAUCGCGUCGCAUUGGCACUUGCCCUUAUGGGGUGGCAAGGUCUGAACAAUCCCCGCAUUGGCGCAGUCCCAAACUCAGCUUCUUGUCAGACAUGCCUUAGACGCCUGGGGCUCUGGAUGUUUAAGAGCAAAGAAGUGGCAGAUAACGGAGAUAUAAUAGUACCUGCCCCUAUGGAUUUUCUAGACCCAGCCAGAGAGCAUCGUUUCUUCUGUCCGUGGUCUAACCCCGAAAUGCAAAGGCAAGGUCAUUCCCAAAGCCGAUCUGGGCAAGAUUUGCCAGGUUGGAAGGUGUUGGUGCAAACCCUCACAAACGAAGCUCACCUCCGAAGUGUCUACGAGGGGCGUUCGCCUGUCCGACAUCGAACUCGGCGUUCAAUGGGCGCGCCCACCACACCACAGAGACCAGGUACGGCUACAUCUAUCAACACGCCAAUCGCGACGCCCGGCUCCGUUGCCGAAUCUGUCCCAGAUAACGGCGAAGAAGACGACAAAGACAGGGAUGCAAAGGACAAGGAGCGAUGGGCGAGAUUGAAGAGGGUCAAGAGUUUGUUCGACACAAAAGGGAGUAGGAAGCUGAGGCAGUCGAUAAGCAAGUCCAUUAGUCGACCAGGAACGGCACAUUCGACAAAGUCGAAUGGUGAUGCAAAGGAGUCACAAAAAGAGUAG